AUGGUCUACCGCUCAACAUUCAAGGAAGAAAAUGACAGUGGAUUAGCCCAGUUUGAUGGAAGUGCUGCUUUUCAGUUCGGCGAUGAGAAAGAUCGUGUGGUAGCAAUGAUAUAUUCGCAUACUCAGCUGAAAGGGAAGAACAAACUGAUGUUGGCUCUGCUGAAAGAAGUCGAAAAACGUGGAAUGCACCUGGUUACACCUAUUGCAAAUAAUCUCCGGGAAAUCGGCAAUAUGUUCCACACCGACGAAGUGUGUAACCAGGCAAGGCAGCUCUUACUACAAAAUAGUCGAAUUGUAUGGGAUAUUGAAAAAGUGAAUCUGACAGAUAGAAAUAUGAAAGAAGUCCUAUCGGUCACUGAAGCAGUGGCCAAGCUACGCUCUCUUUUUGAAAAGAUGAUGGAUAGUGGCAUGAAUCCCAAGGAUUUGCACAGUUCCAGCCCAUGGGUGCACAAAGUCAUCCACGAGUUCUUCUUCGAUGAGAAACUGGCUGAUUUCGCUAUUCGUGCUUAUAUCGGUUUACAUUUCGCGGUGAAUGAUCAUCUCCACGUGGAAUCGUGUUGUCAGAGCUAUGACGCCAAGGUUUACGAAUUAUUCGUCGAUGAUUGCAACCUCGUGCAUUAUAUCAUUCCACCAAAUGUAGACAGCAAUCAGUAUCUCUCUAUUGUGAAGAUCAGUGUCAAUCGAGAUGCUUUCACUCGAACGUUAACGCAACAAAAUAUGGAGGCGAAACUGCGAAAGUGA